AUGACUUUGAAGAAGAAGAAGAAGAAUACAACUGUUGUUGUAUACGAGAAGAUAGCUCCAAGUUACCACUGCCGAUAUUCGCCACAGAGCAGGAUGGGGAGAAGACAAGGCAGUAGUUCUCGGCUCCCUCAAAAUGAAGCAGAUUCUAAUGCGAACGGAAGCAUAUCCAAACGACCAAUCCUGUCUCCCAAAGAGGAAGAACGUCCAAAAGGUAUAAGUGGAGAACACGACUCAAUUGAACCUCUAGACUUGGAUGAAAUAAAGGAAGAAAGUGAAAGCAAGGACCAACAGGACGAGGAUGAAGAGGACGGCAACGACGAGCCGACUGAAGGCGAAGCAUUGGAAGGAGGUCCAGAGGAAGCUGACGUUGACGAUAACGACUUUGAUGAAGAUGAUGUGGAGGUGAAUGAAACUUUUAUGGCAAACCGACGCCAACGGGCUAACUUCUAUAAGAUCUUCGUUCAACGCGCCACCUACCAUCGUUAUCAUAAUCAAAGGUCUAAAGGUGGGGAGGAUGCUCAAGCCCUUAUAAAGUCCAAUCUCACUCCUCCUGAGUCCCUAUCCGUACUUCAAAAUUCGAAAAAUACAUCGAAUUCCAACCUUACGAUAGUGAUUCCUGGCCGCAGGGGGUCGAAUGUGGCUCAAAAGCGUACUUCAGUGCCCUCUGGUAGGACAAAAAACGUGAAUUUUAUGAAGAAAAAUUCCCCUGUGGAAUCAUCCAAGUGGCAGAUUGCCAAGACUCAAGGUAAAGUUUGCACAGCUCUCCCCAAUCCCCAUUUUGCCUUUCCCUCGUGUCCCCCUCCCCCCCCGCCGCCCGCCCGCCCGCCCCCUCGCAACCUGCUUGGCAUUGGCAUGGCUACUGCAUCAGCUGUGGCCGAGCUAGCCAUAUUUCGACUUCGCCUAGUCACGUCGUGUCUUUCCAAGGGUCACCCUGCGUCCGAGACGGAAUACGAGCGUAUGAACAGCGACGUUCGAAGUGACGAGACUACUUCCGGUUCUGAUGAUGAACAGUCUGUUCUUCGAGAGCACGCUUCACGCAGUCAUCGAACCAAUACAUCCACCACUGGAUCACCCACACUUGCAGCUGGAAAAACAGGCUCCAAACGCUUGAAAAAACUCUCUGUGCGCACCGUUGGUCUGACAGAGGAUGGUUCACCAAGUUCGACUCCAAGUUCAGUUCUGGGUAUUCACUCGACGGCGAGUCCAAGUGAAGAAAAGGCUGGUUGGACUGGAAGCACAGAAGUCAACGGAUUGGAUGCGCCAUUUGCACUAUGGUACUUCCAUACAAUCCAGGGCAUGUCGGAUCCUUCGUAUUCGCAAUCGGAGAGCGUUUCUUGUUACGUGUGGGAGGGCAAGCAUAUGCGAAAGAUCAGUUUCACGCUUCUCGACAUUGGCUGGAGAAUUAUUCAAGUCGCGGUUGUGAUUGUUCUUUUCCUCACUAUACUGCCUCUCUUCUUUCACACCUUAAAUCAAUCAACACCAAAUCGUCCAUAUAAUGCUUCCGUUCAAAUUGGACCCCUUCCAGAAUUUGAGAUAGUGGCUAAUAUCACAAAUCCCUUUAAAACUCCGGGCACUCUAGUGCUCUACCUGUAUCACAAAAUCGCCGAUUUCGUGACGCAUCUUUGGUUCCAGACUCGUCAGGGUGUUUGGGAUGAUGUCUUGCGGGUUGCGACUCUUGUCUUCUUAUUGCGCUUCCUAACGCUUGGCCUCAAAAUUACCAAGAAAUUCCGCAACGUAUCAGUCCUCAUAUCAGAACAGCUUAAUCUACACCUAUGCAUGAACAGGAAACCCCAGAAAAAGGACGAAUUAACUACAACAAAUCAAGUUUUGCGAAUGGCGGAAAGCCUGCUCAAAGAAGUAGACGGCCCAUAUCGAAUUUGUGGAUGGGCAGUGAAUCCGUUAAUCUAUAAUAUAUUCAAGUUGGUUCUUCUCUCUUGUUUCUCUGCUUUCAUUUCAGAAAUAUUGGGCUUCAAGCUCAAGUUGUACAAACUCAAACUUAAUCCUGCCAAUUGGUAG